AGGGUGGGAAGACGCAAGGAUUUGGGCCACUGCACCUGGAUCUCACUGCCUGGCUCCUCUACAGCACCCUCCAAACCCGAGCCUGACGGUGCACCUGCGGUUCUCGCCUGGACACACCGCGUCCCCUCCUUGGUCCCAAGUUCUGCUCCCAGCAGCUUUCGCCAGCACCAGUCCCUGCCAAGCUCGGUGGGCGUCAAGAUGAAGGCGGCUCGCUUCGCGAUGCGCAGCGCCGGCUCCCUGAGCAGCCUGGUACCCCGGGAGGUCGAGCUUUUCUCCCGCUACAGCCCCUCCCCGCUUUCCAUGAAGCAGCUGCUGGACUUUGGUUCAGACAAUGCAUGUGAAAGAACUUCUUUUUCAUUUUUGCGACAAGAAUUGCCAGUGAGACUAGCCAAUAUCCUAAAGGAGAUUGAUGUCCUCCCUGAUCGAUUAACAAAUACUUCUUCAGUGCAGUUGGUUAAAAGCUGGUAUAUCCAGAGCCUGAUGGAGUUGGUGGAAUUCCAUGAGAAAAGCCCAGAAGACCAGAAAAAUUUGUCAGACUUUGUAGAUACACUCAUCAAAGUUCGAAAUAGACACCACAAUGUAGUACCUACAAUGGCACAAGGAAUCUUAGAGUACAAAGAUACCUGUACAGUUGACCCAGUCACCAAUCAAAGUCUUCAGUACUUUUUGGAUCGAUUUUAUAUGAACCGUAUUUCUACUCGGAUGCUGAUGAACCAGCACAUUCUUAUAUUUAGUGACUCACAGACAGGAAACCCCAGCCACAUUGGAAGCAUUGAUCCAAAAUGUGACGUGGUAGCAGUGAUACAAGAUGCCUUCGAGAGUUCAAAAAUGCUCUGCGAUCAGUAUUAUUUAACAUCUCCAGAAUUAAAGCUCACACAAGUAAAUGGAAAAUUUCCAGGCCAGCCAAUUCACAUCGUGUAUGUUCCUUCUCACCUUCAUCAUAUGCUCUUUGAAUUAUUCAAGAAUGCAAUGAGGGCAACUGUUGAACACCAGGAAAGUUGGCCUUCCCUCACACCAGUUGAGGUGAUUGUUGUCCUGGGAAAAGAAGAUCUUACAAUUAAGAUUUCGGACAGAGGAGGUGGUGUUCCCCUGAGGAUUACAGACCGCCUCUUCAGCUACAUGUACUCCACUGCACCAACACCCGUGAUGGACAAUUCCCGGAAUGCACCUUUGGCUGGUUUUGGUUACGGCUUGCCAAUUUCUCGUCUUUACGCCAAGUACUUUCAAGGAGAUUUGAAUCUCUACUCUUUGUCAGGAUACGGGACAGAUGCUAUCAUCUACUUAAAGGCUUUAUCAUCUGAGUCUGUAGAAAAACUCCCCGUCUUUAACAAAUCAGCCUUCAAACAUUAUCAGAUGAGUUCCGAGGCUGACGACUGGUGUAUCCCAAGCAGGGAACCAAGGAACCUCUCAAAGGAAAAAAUGGCUAUGUGAAGAGGGACACUCAGGACAUUGUAUGGGAUCAGAGUGGGUCAAUGAGAGUGCUGCUUCUUGAAUGUUUGCGUGUGGACUCUUGUUUCCACAAAAACAAAGGAAAGCAACAAAAACAUUGCUCCAAAGAGGAACGGAGGUCACUUCUGUGACCCAAAGAGAACACAGAGCAGGACCACAGGAGUUAACAGAUGGCCAGUCCCUUGUUUUAUAAUGGAGAAUAACUUAUGAGUGGAUUCCAGAUCCUGAAGAGUAAGUAAACUCAGCUUUCCACCUCUUGGAUAAAGAGGUGGAAAGCUGAGAAAACAUGACGAGAGAGGCUAGCAGUUAGCAGUUGAGACCUUUUGUUGACAUCACGAGAUACUACCCUGGUACUCUCCACAUACCCCCAAAGGAUACUGUUAUUUAAUGAAUAUCAAAUGUCAAGAUUUCAGUAUUCUCCUGCCAUGAGAAAAUUAGAGCUUAAUUUACACUCUGUACUAUGUACCUGUACGUUUUGUAUACUCUUAUAUGCUCUAGGGAGAAAAGAAUAAUGGCUAAAAUGAUGUUCACUUUUAGGAGGAAUGAAUCACAGCAUUAAUUUGACAUUGCAGCCAAGGCAUUCAGACAAUAUAAAAACUCAGAAGAAAACCUCUUCUGAGUAGUACAGUUCCUUUACUAUGUUGCUUGUCUUGUUCAUACUCCACACAAUAAGUGAAUACUUAUUUCCACGUGCCUCGUACUGCGUGAAUUGUUAAAUGUGCACUGAACUCAGGAAGUUGGAGGUUGAAGAGAGAGAGAAGAAUUGGCAAAGCGAGAGCCAAAUGAUAUCUUACCUUGCUUUGUUUAUAAGUGAAGCAAUAGAUGGAAAAAAAAAACAAUGUUCAGGGAAGAAAUCGCAUAUUAAGUAUCUAACUUGGUAAGGGCUAGUCUCUACCCUGAAGUGGUGAUAAGCCACAGGCAUACAUUUUCUAGGCUACGAAAGAUGCAUUUUUGAUAUAUUUAAUUAUAUCCUCUACACUCCAACAUUAACACAUUCACAUGCGUGUUAAAAGUUUCUAGUUGCUGAAUCACUUAAGAACAUUAAAAUUUAAAUAGUUCUUGGCAUGUCUUUUUCAACAGGUAGCCUGGAAGUAAGAUGUUCUUAGGCCAGGAUGCUUUCAUUUGAAAGUCAUUGAGGCUGAGAGCUAAUGAAUGACAGCUGUAAUGCACAAGGUAUUUUUUGGGAAGACUAUGGCCCGCAGGUUGGCCGGCCAUUCAUGCAGAUUACUCUUAGAAAAGAAGGAAAGACAAAAUGAAUGAUGGAAGAAAGGGAGAUAGGAAGGGAAGGAAGCAGAAGGCAGGCAUCUAUUUUCCCCCACAUCUUAUUCCAGAUAAUGAUCUACAUUGUUAUGGAAAAAUGACUGGCAAGAGGAGGAAUUGGUGACUCUCAAAAGAGUGUGGCUUCUUUAAAUGGCUCUCGCUCUUACAAGAUGAUAAGUUUUAUGAGAUAAUAAACCCAUCCAUGUCAAAUUAAUGUUAAACUGAUAUACAGAAAUAAAACUAGAAUUUUCUACAUUGUAAAAUAAUUGGUACUGUUACAUGUUGGAUUUGGUGUUGGUAUUUAAUUUUGCAAUGGCCUGGUGUUGUGGUGCUUCUGGUUGGGGUAAUAGAAGCCUCAACUAUUUCCUGUGGAUUUCAGAUUUUAUCAUCAAAAGUCCUAGACAGUGACUUUUCUUGAUGAUGCAACUUUGAUUCUUGCAUUUAGUGAUUACCCAAAACUGUUUGCAAAAGGCUAUUUGUUGUUUUAAU